AUGGAUAUCAUUAAGAAGGAAUGGGCACUGCCUACCACUAGUAAUGUCUUGCGACAGGUCGGAUUUAAAUUUAAAUCCAUUGGUCAAAAGCUUCUUCAAUGGCACAAAAUGGAUUUUGACAAACAAAGGGUUGAAAUGAGGGUGAUCCAAGAGAAACUGAAUGAUAUUAUGAAAUUGCCUUUUUCUCCGGACCAGUAUGAGGAACAGAGAAGCUUGCAUGCCAAGUAUAGUCAAUUAUUGUCCCAGCAAGAGAUGAACUGGCGGCAACGAUCUAGGGCAAUCUGGCUUAAAGAUGGAGAUCGAAACUCUGCUUUCUUUCACCGUCGUGCUAGUAAUAGAAAGAGCAGAAACACCAUUAAGGGACUCAAUGAUGAGCAGGGACAAUGGCAGUCUGAACCUGCAGAAGUUCAACGUCUAUUGUUAUCCUAUUUUCAAACAGUUUUCUCCUCUAAAGGUUCUGACGCUGGGGCACUCCAAACUGUGUUGGAUGUUACACCUACUAAAGUGACCGGUACUAUGAAUGCAAGCCUCUUGCAGCCCUACAGUGAUGAGGAAAUCAAAACAACACUUUUUCAAAUGCACCCUUCUAAAAGUCCUGGCCCGGAUGUGGUUGCAAACAGAUUGAAGAGAUUACUGCCUGAGAUCAUCUCACCUUUGCAAAGUGCUUAUUUCCCUGGUCGUCUAAUUUCUUAUAAUACAUUAGUUGCCACUGAAGCUGCUCAUUUCAUGCAUCAACUUAGAAGCCAAGGUGAACCAACAUCAAAAAUUGUCCCUACAAGAGGUAUUAGGCAAGGUGAUCCAUUGUCACCUUACCUGUUUAUUCUAUGUGCAGAAGGGCUGUCUGCUUUGAUCUCCAAUGCAAUUCAACAAAAUGUCAUUGCUGGUCUUAAAAUGUGCCCCCAAGCCCCAACUCUCCAUCAUCUUUUCUUUGCAGAUGAUAGCUUUCUUUUUGGGACUGCUACUGAAGAUGAAUGUUACAGGUUUAAGGGCAUUCUUGACACCUAUGAAAAAGCCUCGGGUCAGAAAGUGAACUAUCAGAAGAGCAGUGUGGUGUUUAGCAAGAAUGUUGAUAUGGCUGAGCAAAAUAGAUUAGCCUCCAUCUUGGCUGUUGAAAGAGCUGAUGAGCAUGACAAGUAUUUGGGAUUACCAUUGAGAGUUGGUAGAUCAAAAACAGCUAUUUUUGAGUAUAUUAAAGAGAAACUGACCAAGAAACUAAUCAAUUGGAAAGCCAAAAUACUCUCUUGUGCAGGGUAA